UUAACAUUGACAUUUGGAUGGAAGCUGUGUUUUUUAAUAAAACUGACACAGUAUUUCUGUAUACUGUGUAACUGAUCUCAUUUUAUGUUAGUAUAGUGAAUGUUUAUAUUUCUUAACAGUAUACAAUGUCUGGAAACGAAUCUGCUGACGACCAAAGCGAGGAUGGAGAGCUGCGACAGAGUCCGCCUGACCCCAAACAUAAACAAGAGCAAGAAGCUUUAGAUUUCAGUUUGUCUGAGGAAGAAGGCGAAAACGUGGACUCGUUAGAUAUCAAGCCGCCCCAAGCUAGACUAGCUGUUCCUCCGAAAGCGAAAAAAAGAGACCAUGACAGGAGAAAAAGAGGAGACCGCCAUCGAGAAGAAAGAUACUCGCACAGGGAGAAACAUCAUAGAGACAAAUCUGGACGAGCUGUCAAGGAUAGAGAACAGUACCAGAGAGAAAAGGAACGGUACUACAGAGAAAAGCAGCACUUUGAACAGGCAAAUUACGAGGGCUACCGAGAAAGAAAAGACGAUCAAUCACGUUCGAGGCGACCUGAAUCCCGCAAACACGAUGACAAGAAAUCCAAAGAGUUGAGACAGAGUCGCGAAGGGGAUAAGCACAAGCGAGAACAUUUUGAGGAAGUGAAAAAAAAUAGGGCUGACCAAGCUUUGAACGAUUUACGGGAGAGAUUGCUCAGCAAGAGGUCCUCUAAAGGGGAAGACGAGGGGCGUGGUAAGGAAAGGUCUCACAGAGACAGAAAACAUAAGGACCACCACGAAGAUCUCCUGCAGGGUGAAGCUGGGAUGCUGGUCAAGGAAAUAAUUAAUAUCACUACAGAGGAAAAACGGCACAGGAAAGAUAGGGAUAAAGAGGAGGAGAAGUUGACAGAAGAGGAAAAGGCCGAACAGGAACAGAGGAGAGAGAAGCUUCUGGAAGCUGAAAGAGAAAUGGCUAGACUGAAAGAACAGUCCCGUGUCGAAAGAGAACGUCGUCACUUGGAAAAAGCGACGAAAAGGAAACAUGAAGCAGACCUUUACGCCAAGCGUCAAAAAAUCGAGGAGACCCCUGUGGUCACCCUCUCGGACAACACUGAUGAGGAAGUGGACGAAGUCUACCACCCGAACAACUAUGAGAGCGACCACAGCCCCGAAAACGUGGACGCUAGUAGCAGCAGGAGUGCCUCAAGGCACAGCGAGCACAGCAAUGCUACCUCCAGGUCUGCAGUCGAUGAGAGUCCCUACUCAGCUAGGAGGUCAAGGACGAGGAGCAGGAGCCGUACAGGAAGCGCAAGCCGUAGCCCCAGUGGCAGUGACAAGUCGAGGUCGGCUUCUCCGAGAAGCGUAGACGAUGACGAGGAAAUGGAGGUGGAGGACAAGGAGAAGGAAGAGAAGAAAGAUGAGGAAGUAUCCAAACCGAAGGUGGAUGAGAAUUUGCCGCCGUAUUUGCCUGCUGUACAGGGCUGCAGAUCCGUGGAAGAGUUCCAAUGCCUGAACCGUAUUGAAGAGGGUACUUACGGCGUCGUAUACCGUGCGAGAGACAAAAGGACAGAAGAUAUCGUCGCCUUGAAGCGCCUCAAGAUGGAAAAGGAAAAGGAGGGCUUCCCGAUCACGUCCCUCCGCGAAAUCAACACCCUGCUCAAGGGGCAGCAUCCGAACAUCGUCACUGUGAGAGAAAUAGUCGUCGGCAGCAACAUGGACAAGAUCUUCAUCGUCAUGGACUACGUCGAGCACGAUCUCAAGUCCCUCAUGGAGACGAUGCGUCACAAGAAGCAGCACUUCAUGCCUGGUGAGAUUAAGUGCCUGCUGCAGCAGCUGUUGCUGGCCGUAGCGCACCUGCACGACAACUGGAUCUUGCACAGAGACUUGAAGACCUCGAACUUGCUCCUCUCACACAAGGGGAUACUGAAGGUGGGGGAUUUCGGCUUGGCUAGGGAAUACGGAUCUCCACUCAAGGCGUAUACCCCGAUUGUGGUUACGCUGUGGUACAGAGCACCGGAAUUGCUGCUCUGUACAAAGGAAUACUCCACUCCUAUCGACAUGUGGUCAGUCGGGUGUAUUUUUGCCGAGCUGAUAUUGAUGAACGCGCUGUUUCCGGGGAAAAGUGAUGUUGAUCAGCUGAACAGGAUAUUCAAGGACUUGGGCACACCUAGCGAAAAGAUCUGGCCGGGCUUUAACCAGCUGCCGGCCGUGAAAAAAGUGAAGUUCAACGACUACCCAGUUUCGAAUUUGCGCGGCAAAUUCAGCACUCUUAGCGAGGCCGGUUUGGGUCUCUUGCUCAAAUUUCUGACGUACGAUCCUGUUCAGAGGAUCACGGCCGAGGAAGCGAUGAAACACAUCUACUUCAACGAGCCGCCAAUGCCAAUAGAUCCGGCCAUGUUCCCUACGUGGCCGGCCAAGAGCGAACUCGGACAAAAGAGGGCGCUGGCUGCCAGUCCCAAGCCUCCUUCUGGCGGUGGAGAAUACAAAAAACUGGGCAGAGAUAUGGAUGAAGAUGGAUUUGGGUUCCGGCUUGGGAUGGGGGUUGAUACCAGGAGAGGAGGAGGAGCAGGAUUCAGCUUGAAAUUUUAGGUUAUAAUAUAAGGAUGAAUGUAAAUAAGUUGAAAAAUGUGAAUUAAAUAAGUUUUAACUAGAA